AUGACCGUGGCAUCCAAAUCUUCAGCCGAGAGCGCUCGCGGUGAUGGUGCAAUCUCCAGCCCUUUGUCCACCUUGCCAUUUCCCAAAUCUCCUCGUACUCCUGGAGGCAGCUUGCGACGGCUAGCCAACAAGAUAAGCUUCUCCAACUUAUCAUCUCGCGGAAGAUUGAGACCGUCCCCGUCCCAGGAGAGAGUGACGGAAGCGGGGCAUGUGCAAUCUUCACUGAUCCAGGCUCGACGCGCUUCAAUCAAACCCCUCUCGAUCAUCACAACUGCGUUCGAUCAGCUCGAUUUCGAUCCUCGCUCUGCAAUUGAGACACUUCAGACCCCUCCAGCUGAGACAUCACUGAGCCAUUCUCCCUCCGUUAUCAUGUCUACUGACAGUCCCAGAGACCGCAGUAUCAUCGAUAACAUGGAGAGAUUUGGCAAGCAGGUCGAACCUUUUCCAGAGGUCUUCACAACACGCGCACUCGCCAUCAAAGAGCGGCUCUUGAAAAAGGCAAACGAGAACUUACACAACCCUAACUACUUUCCAGACCCUCCACCUGACAUGUUUCGUGAUCAACUUGCCCAACUCAACGCACGCAAUUCGGCCGGUCAAGAUCGAGAGGAAGAUGAGAAGACGAUCAGAGCAGCAAAGUCUUUCACCCAGUUGAAGCCUUUGGACGAGCCCAGCUUGGCUGACGGUGCCUCGACACCCUGUCAAUCUAGCAGCUUCAACGGAGAUACAACCCAUGAGGUUCCAAGAGUCAUUACUGCUCCCUUCACCUCACUGAUCAAUCUGGCCCCUCCAGAUCCCAGCCAGCAUCCAUCCUUCCAUCCAAACCCACCAUUGUCCACGAGUGGCGCACCUCUGAUGAUCACUACCUCAAGUGCAGAGGAGAUUCGCAAGUGGGCACAGAUGAAACGCAAACACGAAUCUGAAAAAUGGACAACUCCACGCACCAGUACCGAAUCUCCCAAGCCAGUCAGUAACACCUUCACCACGCCCACUUCUGGAUCACAUUCCCCUAUGCCUACCAACCUCGCGAAGGGUCCAUCCUUGGAUGAAGCAAACAAGCUGUUUCUGGGCGGUCAUACUCUCAGUAAUAUCAGUCUUGGUCAUCCUGACAAUAGGGGUUCGGGCGGAAACGAUAGGCUCCAGGGAUCAUUGGGCAAGAGUUCACUUGCUAGGACAUCUUUUGGUGCCGACCACGAAGAGACCGACAUUCGUGAGAUUCUCUCUGACACAUCGCCACUGAUCUUCUCCACCCCGAAAACCAGUCGUACCCCCAAUGAGAGCUUCAGAUCAGAGGCCACAUCAUUCACUUCGGAGGGAUCGGAGAAGAAGACAGGCCUACGCAAGAUGUCCAAGUUCUUCAAGAGCAAAGCAGACAAAUCCGAGGGUGCAGGCACACAGGAAUUCCUUGUGACCUCCAACUUUCAGCGACCCGAUCUGGAACAUUAUCUGCGACGAACCUCGAAUUGCUGGUCACGCGAUUACUAUGAAUCGGACCCCAAGCCAAGACAUCCCUACACUUCCAAAGGCCGGUACUCUCGCAAUUUGCGUUGUACUACUUGCCUCGAGACUUGCUGCGCAGUUUGCGAUCGUGCUUGCUGUGCUUACAAGGCCGCCGUCAUGGCAAUGGAAAUCCACAGCAACCAUCCAGAAAACCUCAAAGUGGCGGAAGAUCGAGUGCUCGAAAUCACAAAGGUGUUUCCCUACGGACGAGAAGCGCCUACGUUCUUGCAGUGCACAAAGGAUGACGAGACUGGAUGUGGCCAAAUGGUGUGUCCUGAUUGUUGUGGCAUUUGUCCCCUUGAAUAUUGCGGAGACGUCCAAUGUCGCAAGUGCAAGUCCGAUCCUUGGGAUAUCUGCGACUGGCAUGAUGAAUGACGUGACAAUCCUGCGGUUGGGUCGAUGAGGAAUGACUUGACACUCUUGGGGGUAGGGUCAAUGAUGAACGACGUGACACUCAUGAAGUUGGGUCAACGAUGAGCAAUGUACAGAGUAUGGCGAAUUGGGAUCGUGGUUGUUAUUGGGCAUGUCAAAAGUACAUAUGGCAGGAGCGAUCUGCCCGGGGUGAAUGUGGG